AGUGAGUGUUCCGUGACGCUUUUCCCAGCUCAGAUACGAGGCAGCUACACACGGGACACCAUCAUGAUGCCGACUCGUGUUCAAGACAUACAGCAGCACCACCUGUCCGCCGCGUCAGGAUCAGGCAGAGACGGCGGCCACUAUGGAGGCGGCGGCUGUGGUGGGCUCGAGGUGUUUGCCUUCCUCGCUUUCCUGCUCGCCCUCCUCGACCUCUUCCUCGACGUGAACGAGCUGGCGGUGGACAUAGACGUCAACACCGAGAGAAGGACACGCCGGGCACAUUUCUCCUCCCCUGCAGGAUGCACGAAUGACGUGGGCGUGGCGGAGGGAAUCUGGGCAGCGGGCCGGUUGGCGAAGGGCGUGCUGAUGGCCACCACAACUACACCCACCUGUGGAAAUGCCCAUAUGUGUCAUGCAGCAGCAACAGCAGCAACAAAAGGCCCUCUGGCAGCUACUCUUACCUCGCUGGCUGGGCAGUGGCUUGCAAGGUGGCCUGCUCUCAACGGCUCCAGUCUCGGAGCCACCACCCUGCUCGCCGCCUCCACCCUCACCUGCCCUGCCAUAGAUGAUGCCUGCAUGAGUGGUGAUGGUAGAGAAGCAUUCACGUAACACACAUGUAACACCCAUACAACUGCCACGCUGCACAGUCAAUACACAUACAAUCAUAUAGCAUCUAUGCAUUACACACAUGGCUCAGAUGACACACACACACACACACACACAUAUGACCCAUGCUACACACGCAACACCCAUACAACGCCCACGUAAUCAGUGCAACACUUACACAACGCUCACGCUAAACACACAUCACCCAUCUUACACAUACAACAUCCACACAACACGCAUACAAUAUACACUACAGAUGCAACACCAAUGUAACACACUACCAAUUCAAAUACAGAAUAAGUCAACACAA